GACUCAGAAGCCCACACGCUAGCAUUGGUAGUACUUCACACAUUCUUCCACUCGAUUCUGUAAUUCCUACUCGACACAGAAUAUCAAAAGUGAUUGACUGGAGUAAGGUGAAAGAAGAAUUUGUCAGGAACCAUUUAAAAUACUUGAAUAAGGUCUAAGAUGGCCGAGUAUCACUAUGAAUUUUUUUUCAGAGGACAAAGUCAUGCCCUAUGAUCAUGCGUUGAGUAUGCGCCGUGAGAGCUUGAAUAAUUGUCGGACCGGUAUACUCCAACACGGGCUCACACGCAAGCUUGCACAAGCAGGAGGAGAAGGAACCUACCGGUCGGUCGCGUGAUACCACGACCAAGAACAAGAGUCAAGCAGUGUCAACAUUCAAAGCCUUUGGGCCUGUUGGCCUGCAGGGCGAGAGCAGGUCGGCCACCUGUCAGCACGGGGGAGGGCUUGGAGCAAGGCCCUCCCCGCACCGAGACCUCCCCGCAUUGACAAGAAGGUGUGUCAAGAAAAAUAGCACCACCGAUGCGACGACCCGCAUCGAGUCGUGCAUGGGGCUGCAAACGCCACAGUGCACGCAUCUGAUUCCUUCUAGCACAUCGGGAGAUCUUGAGCGAUCGCUUCGUCUUCGAAUUGCUUGCGCCGGCCCCGUGUUCAAAGCGUGAACAGUGAGGGAGUAUGUGCGCCGAGACUCCGAGCGUCGACACGUCGCCUUCCAGGUUAAGCCGUUGGUUGACUCAUGAGAUGGGCGACUCUCCGAACAUCGCUCUCGACGGGUCUCAAUUUGCGGAACGGAGUGGCAUGAUCGCUCGGCCAAAGUCCUAAAAACUGGAAAAGCACACCAACAAUCCACAAAAAGUUGGAAUAAGGAAUGACCCGUGCGUCCACCAGGAAUCCAGGAUGUUCGAGUUUCCUGACGACUCGACCUACAGGCUCGACUUGGUGAUCACGAGCAGUGUUCAGAACCAACUCGCAGUCGGCUAAUAAUGGGGAAGAAAAAGGUAUGGCCUAUGUGGUUUGGACAAUCACAUUGCGUACCGUAGUGGACUCUUGCCUGCAGGCUCCCUGUGAAUGAGGAACAGAUCGGGUUGCGGUAGGCCCCACCCGCUGAAAAGCACAAAGAGGAUCUGAAAUCAGAGAUCCCAAAGCACCCACCGAAGAGAGUGUGACCUACAAGGACGAAGAAAUGUGAUGAACAAGACCUUCUCUGAAAUCAUCAAAGCAGCGCUCGUUGGCCAGGACCUCCGAGGACGCCAAUCACGACAACGGAGGUCCGGGUCCACCAACAGGCAAUGCAAUGCGACCUGUACGUAGCGAUCCUCAGUUCCUUUCUUCCUUGCUUUCGAUCUUCAAGUGGGGUCGUAUCUGGCAAUCGGUGCGAAAUAUCCAGCUCGCUAGGGAGGGCGCAACUCGGGGAGGUCGGUGCGAUCGCGCUAGCAGGACGUACGGAACAGAGUGGCGUACAAGUUUGUCCUUGAAUCUCUUAAAAGCAUCGGUUCUGAAUGUUCUGUUAGUUCGACGAUUGGAUGGGGACCUCGACAGGGAAGGGGACAGGGACACAGGAGCGACGCUCGCGAACGAAGCGGCCUCAGCGUGGAGAGGCUCCGGGGAACGGAGACAAACCAGAGUCGGGGUUGGUGAUGGUAACCCUGGAUAUAGAAUCAUGACCCGUGCGAUGGCUCAACAAUUUGGUGAACAUCAGGGCUCUUUGGUCCAAUUUUGGAUCCAGUAAUCGGGCUUGCAUGCAGUGUUGUUGAGCCUUUCCCACUUGCGCGAUCUGUUUUAUCUCACGCACGUUCCUUCCUUUCGCUUUCCCUUACCCAUCCCCAUCCCCAUCCCCUUCGUUUCAUCCAGCCUUGACUCCAAAGAACGCUCUCGUCGAAAGCUGCGGCCCUGCCCCGAUCUCUCCGUGCAUGUCCUUUCCUCUGCCAGUCUGGAGCUCGCAUGGGCCUAGUAAGAGAGUAGACCAUCACUGCAGCGCGCGAGGUUGGUAGGCAGGCAGAAAACGCAGAGUCGCUUUCGGCGAGAGGUCGGGCUUGCAACACAAGAUUCAGCUGCCCGAAGGCCGCGCAGUAGAAUGCCGCAGACUCUGCAGAGAAUCAUUCCGCGCUUUCGAAAGCGAGAAGUGGCAGUGGGGCUUCGGGCAUUCGCUCGGAUUUGGACGGCGGUGUGAGGCGUCGACCCCCUCGCCCUGCCCCUACCCCUGCCUCUGCCCCCAACGUAAUUCUCUCUACCGUACCCCGGCGAUCCCCGUCCGUCCGCAGCGGGAGGCUGGAGAGAGAGCAGGGCCAAGAAUCGGCCGCAUUAGCGACCGCGGUAGCUCUAACCUCUUAACCGCUGCGCAACGUUCGCAAUGUAGUAGGCCGCGCGGACUGGAUGGAUGCGGAAUCUGCGCGCGCGCUCAGGAUGCGCUGCGCUGGUCAUGCACCGGACUGUGCAGCUGCCGCUGAGAAGGGCCACGGCGAGAGAUAGAGAGAUAGAGAGAUAGAGAGAGAGAGAGAGAGAGAGAGAGAGAGAGCCGCAGACAAGAUCUGUCGAGUGCGAGAAGUGAUUGUUUAAUCGUGCGCGGAGGCGAUUCGUGUGCUGCAGGGGCAAGCAAGUAGAGGCGAACGCGAGCUGGGGGGGAGAGAGAUGAGGAUGUAGAGUAGCGGCAUCGGGAGCCCGAAUUAUUGGCGGUUCAAGAAUCAAGAUCCGGUUCCGAAAGCGAAAGAAGCGGAAUAAGCUUCUACUCUUCUUGCGGCCAUGGCGAGAGGAGGUCGGGGCGAGAGAGCGGGUCAGAGAGCUUGUCGUCGACUUGCCGUCUCGGUCGUUGCUUCUGUGAGCCUGCGAUGGGGAAUUCGUCGUGGCUGAAGCAGUAAGCGUGACGUGACGCGACGCUCGUGCUUGAUUCAUUCCUAUUCGACGCUUACGAGCGUUGUCUUGGAGGAAUUGCACGGAAUCCGUCCCUCGUCAUAUGCUCGCGGAGCAUCAGAUCAGCUGAUGUCUGCCUCCCUCGCCUCUCGCCUCGCUGCCUCUGUGCUCUUGGCCCCUCGCAACCCGCGAUAUCUUGCUUCCAACAGUUCUUUGUUGUCGCGCAUUCUGCCUUCUCUACCUCCUGCAGAUCACCUCAGCUGCACGUAGUCAGCCCAGGGCAGGGAGCGAGGGGAGCCGUAUAAAAGGACGACGUUCGAUCUUUGAAUUUGAUCUCGAACGAAGAGGAUCCUGUUUCGGGGAGAUCCCGACUUUGUAAGCUUCUUCAUACUCGAGGUUCUCAAUUAACAGGGUUGAGUGAUUGAGCAAUCGCUUGUGAGGAGACUCUGUUGUCGACGCAAGAGUACCAAAGAGGAAGAAAUCGCGAGUUCAGGAACAAGCAUAUGACGCUAUCUGAACAACGGGUCGAACUGUAACACGGUCAGCUUACAACUAGAAGCCGAAGCUAUUCUCCCGGUUCUGGGUUUGGUGAAUAUCAACAUAGAGAGGAAUGCAGAAUGUGAGCACGUCUUUGUGAGAUUAGAUGGUUUAUGAGGCCAUUCUGUGAGUGAGAAUCCUUGAACCAAGAAUUGUUUCUGUGUUCUGAGUACGGUUUAAGCACCAGCGGAGUCAGCAUUCGUCGACAAUGGGUUCUCUUUUCCUGUUAUCGCCACCCUGCAGGGCUCUAGCCCAUUCUCUUUUGUUGUGGCAAUUAUUAGUUCUGGCAAGCGCUGAAGGCCAUGAGAAUCUCAUCCAAAACGGCAAUUUUGAAGACGUAACAGGGUAUUAUCCGGCUGGCGUUGUGCUCAGAAGUGUAGAGAUGAACCAGAAUGCGGCCGUGAAGCAAUGGACUGUCCAAGAAAGUGCGAUAGAGAUUAUAAGCAGUAGGUUAUGGCCUGCCUCCACGGCAGAAUCUAUGUAUGCUGUUCAUUUAAACAGUCCGCAAGGCCCCGGUGCAAUACAGACCGAGGUUAACUCGAACCUCAUCCCUGGUCAGACUUACCUACUGCUUUUUGACGUGGCUAGCACUUUUGGGGGCCCGUCCGUGAAGAGACUUGAGGUCAGUCUCGAUUUUGGAUAUCCAGGUCCAAGGAAUGCGAUUUCGAAGUCAUUUUCGUUCAAUUUUCCAGAUGGAAACGAUCAGUCUAAGUACCUGAUCUGGGAGCCUACCCGGGCUUGGUUCAAAUUUAGGGGUGUAGGGAACGGUGCAAUUGUGAGGUUUCGGAGUCAAACUCCAGGAUCUCGCGGAUUAAUUGUGGAUAACAUAAAGUUGCUCCCAACAUCGUGUGGUGGUACUGAAUGUGCUCCAGCCGAUAUGUUUGUGGACUCAGGCAACAGCGGAGACCGGGAUGAGUCGGCCGGAAAAUCUUCACUGGGUCUUUUGAAGGAUAGAGUGAUGAUGACUACCGAAACUUGGUUCCGUCAGAGGUUUCUCAGACGUGCUGAUUGGUGAAAUUCUCUGUUGGUCUUAUUAUGGUGUUUAACGAGUAUUUGCUGAGCAGCAGCACAUUCCCGUCCUGGAGAUGUGACUGCAGCUAAUUUUUUGGCCAUGAAAUGGAGCCAGGACAUACAUGCAGAACUACAGGACGUAAGAUUUGUUCUCAGCAGAAACGGCACUACGAUCUGCUUCGUUCAGGUGACGUUCUUGCGGAACUUGACCGCAGACGGUUCACCGUGUGGUUCUCACGUUUCAGCGUAGCUUAACAUCACAGGACAUACUUCGUCCUCCUGGGAAGUCUUUAUCGAACUUGUGACUGUGCGACUGGUUUCCAUACGGAGUCUACAGAACAUGAACUAUGAACACUGUUUGUAGCAGCAGGCAAUCGCCCAAAUCUAGGGCAGUUAUAAAUGAGCACUAUGAGGUUGCAGAAGUGACAAGUGAGACGUGUUCCACUAAGAAAGUGGCUGGUCGACUAGGUACUGUGAAUGGAUGUGUUGCCUAUGGAGUUGACAAGCUCUUUGGAGAACAACGCAAUGGACUUUUUUUAUUGGAACAGGUCUGCAGAGGUAACCAAUAGUCUGCCAUGUUUAUGUUUUCGUCCUUUUCUCCACCUCUCAACGCCUUUUGAGUUGAGAGGUGAAGAAAAUAUAAAAAAUGCAGUGUCGUGUUCAGCUCUAUUAUUUACCUGAUGCUGUCAAAUUGGAGCUUACUCGUUGUACGUUAUGCGAUUUCAUGUUCUUUCAAAUAGAGUUAGUAUUUUGCCACUGCAUCCGACAAACAUGCCUGUAUUGUCAUUUCUUUUAAUCUGUAAGUUAGAAUUUAGUAUACGGUAGAGAGAACAUGCCACAUCAGAGGUCAAACCUUCUGUUAGUAUGGUUCAACACGCAGUUCAUGUUGCAUGCGUGCAC